AUGUCUGAAAGGGUGAAAGUCAUUGUUCGAUGUCGACCACUCAGUAGGAAGGAGAAUGAAGAAGGAUGCAAGCCCAUUAUAUCUAUGGAUUCCAGUUAUCAUUCAUGUUCUAUACGGAAUCCUAGUGAUAUUACUCCUCCAAAGACAUUCACUUUUGAUGGAACAUACAACUUCUCUUCAACAACAGAACAAAUAUACAACGAAGCAGCAUUUCCACUUGUACAGGAUGUGUUAAAUGGAUACAACAGCACAAUAUUUGCUUAUGGUCAGACUGGAUGUGGAAAAAGUUUCACUAUGCAAGGAUCCUACGAUAACUAUUCUGAACGUGGUGUCACACCACGGGCCAUAGAGCAUAUUUUUGAAGAAAUAGCUCUUGCUGAGAAUACAAAAUAUCUUGUUCUUGUCUCUCACUUAGAGAUUUAUAAUGAUGAAAUAAGAGAUUUGCUUGGAAGUGGCAGAAGAAAUAAGCUUGAGCUCAAAGAACAUUCAGAGCAUGGAGUAUUUGUUCAAGGUAUAUCUCUUCAUUCAGUUCAAGGUGUACAUGAUUGUGAGAAACUCAUGCAAAAAGGUAUAAACAAUAGGAUAACAGCAGAAACACAAAUGAAUUAUGAUUCUUCACGCUCGCAUUCAGUCUUUACUAUACAUGUAGAAAUCGUCCCUGUUAAUACAUCAGAAGCUGAUGGAAUGCAAAUGAAAUUUCAAAACAUACGAAAGGGAAAGUUAAAUUUGGUAGACUUAGCUGGAAGUGAGCGUCAAGGUAAAGCAGGAACAACAGGUGACAGACUGAAGGAAGCUACAAAAAUAAAUCUUUCAUUGUCAGCUCUAGGAAAUGUGAUAUCAUCAUUGGUAGAUGGAAAAUCAAAGUAUAUACCAUAUCGCGAUUCAAAAUUAACGAGGUUAUUGCAAGAUUCACUAGGUGGCAACACAAAGACACUUAUGAUUGCAUGCCUUUCACCAGCUGAUAGUAACUAUGAAGAAAGUUUGAGCACACUGCGUUAUGCUAACAGAGCAAAAAAUAUCAAGAAUAAGCCCCAUAUCAAUGAAGAUGCAAAAGAUGCACUUCUGAGAGAGUAUGAACAGGAAAUACAAAGAUUGAAAAACCUUGUAGAAACAUCUUGCACUAAUCGUGCUUGGUUGUCAGCAGAUGAACAAAUUGAAGAAGAGAAAGAAAAGUUGCGUGUUGAGUAUGAACAAAAGCUAAAUAAGAUGAGACAAGACUGGGAAGUUGAACAUGUCUCUAAGUGCAAGCUGGAAAUAGAGAUGCAAAAUUUAAGAAACAAUUUGGAAUCAAAGAGAUACAAUACUAAGGAACAGCAGCAUCACAUGGAAUUUGAAUAUCUCCUUGUUGAAGUUCAGAAGCGGUAG